AUGGUUCGGAGAGGCAGAGGUCGCGGUGCGGAGUCUGGUAAGCAGCCUAUGUCGGUGGAGCAAGGUCUCAUCGGGACACUCGCACACCUGGUCUUCGAAGCUCCCGCGCCCUCCGAAUCACAAGACCAGCUGGUCGAGUGGCUCUCUGGAGAUGCGUGGAAAUUCCUCGUCGGUUUCUUCCCGAGUAUGCUGGCCAUGCACCUGCUCGAACAUGACGACUCGGCCUCGACGGCCGGGAGCUCCACUAAAUCAUACGACAAUGUAAACUUCCAGAGUCCCCUAAGUGGAGGAGGAGAAGGAGGCAAAGCGCAGAGAUGGAUGCUCCUGGCCGAAUUCAGUGAUCCGUUCGGCGCCCCUUUCGCAACCUAG